AUGACGGUCCCUGAGAGCGAGUACCUUAGCCCCGUGUGGAGGGACGGAAUCUUCAAUGGUCGAGUUGUGUUCGUGACUGGCGGCGCCGGCACGAUAUGCAGCAUGCAGACCAGAGCGCUUGUGCGCCUAGGCGCCAAUGCCUGCAUCCUCGGCCGCAACGUCGAGAAGACUGAGGCCGCCGCCAAGGACAUUGCCCUCGCGAGGCCAGGUGCCAAGGUCAUUGGCAUCGGAGGCUGUGAUGUCCGAAACCCCGAAGCUCUCAAGGCCGCAGCCGACAAAUGCGCCAAGGAACUGGGAGGCAUCGACUUCGUCAUCGCCGGCGCAGCAGGAAACUUCAUCGCCCCCAUCGACGGCCUGAGCCCCAACGCCUUCAAGAGCGUCAUCGACAUCGACGUCCUCGGCACUUUCAACACCAUCAAGGCCACCAUCCCCCACCUCCUCCGCAGCCCCUCCCCGCGCAUCGUCUUCGUCUCCGCCACCUUCCACUUCACCGGCAUGCCCCUCCAGUCCCACGUCUCCGCUGCCAAGGCCGCCGUCGACUCCCUCAUGGCCUCUGUCGCUCUCGAGUAUGGCCCCCGCGGCGUCGUCAGCAACGUCAUCUCCCCCGGUGGCAUCGAGGGCACCGAGGGGCUCGCCCGCCUGGGGAGCAGCAAGGAGGAGGACAGGAGGAGCUACGUGAAAUCCAUCCCAUCGGGCCGCCUGGGAACCGUCAGGGACAUCGCCGACGCGACAGUCUUCCUCUUCAGCGAGGCGGGAACGUACGUCAACGGCCAGGUCAUCCCCGUCGACGGGGCCGCCUGGAGGAGGCAGGGCGACGUCAAGGUCGGCUUGGACGAGAGCAUGAGCUAUCCUGAGUUCCUGUUGUCUGGGGACAUUUCGAAGAACUUGCACGACCCUCGGAAGGCUAGCAAGCCAAAGCUAUAG